AUGUCAGGGGCCAAUGAUCGCGAAGCCGUCUUUCCAACCCGGCAAUCGCUGGGCAUCAUGAAGGCAAAGCUUAAAGGCGCAGAGACAGGCCAUAGUUUAUUGAAGCGAAAGAGUGAAGCUCUGACAAAACGAUUUCGAGGUUCAUAUCCCCGACAGACCCUUCACGUAACCCAAACCUUUCGCCAGCGUACUGAUACCCGAUAA